AUGUCAGCGCCCCACGAUGGCUACGGCCAGUAUCCGCCCCAGCAGCCCGGCGCCGAGCAGCCCCCCUAUCCCGACCAAGGUUAUGCGAACCCGGCCCCCGACGCUGUGGCCCCGCCCGCGAGCGCAGCCCAUGCAGCGGACCACGGCAAGAAGAAGAAGCGCACAUAUGCUGCCGGCGCCUUUGACGUCGCCACGGGGGGAAAUGCUGCCGUAGGUAGCCAGGCGCAGGGCGGUGGACAAUUUGGAGCUCCUGCCCCGGCGUAUGGUGGUUACCCGCAACAAGAAACCCAGUCUGCGGCCUAUGGUGGUGCCCAGCCGCAGCAACAGCAACAACAGCAGCAGCAGCAACCGUAUGGCAUGCCGCAGCCGUCCGCCCCUGUGGGCGGUUACCAGGCGCCCGAUCCUUACUACACUUCGGCCGGCGCUGCCCCGGCUCAGGGAGGCGUAGCCGGUCUGACUGCCGGCAUGGGGGCCAUGAACAUCGGCCCUGGCGGGCAGCAACAGCCGCAGCAGCUUCCCCCCCAGGCGCGCGCCGGCCCGCUUAACCAGCUCUACCCGACCGAUCUCCUCAGCCAACCUUUUAACGUCUCCGAGCUAGACCUCCCGCCGCCGCCUAUCAUUUUGCCCCCGAACUCCAGCGUUACUCCCUCGCCCGAUGCGAACUGUCAACCAAAAUAUGUGCGAUCUACCGUGAACGCGAUCCCUACGACGCACUCGCUGCUCAAGAAGAGCAAGCUGCCCUUGGCGCUGGUGAUCCAGCCCUACGCGGCGCUCCACGACCUCGACGACCCCGUUCCCGUUAUCCAAGACCAGGUUAUUUCGCGUUGCCGGAGAUGCAGGUCAUACAUCAACCCGUUUGUGACCUUCUUGGACCACGGCCACCGGUGGCGUUGCAACAUGUGCAAUCUCACCAACGACGUGCCCCAGGCCUUUGACUGGGACGCGGCCGCCCAAAAGACAGUGGACCGCUGGCAACGCCACGAACUGAACCACGCUGUCGUCGAGUUUGUCGCGCCCCAGGAGUACAUGGUUCGCCCGCCGCAGCCGCUGGUGUAUCUGUUCCUAUUCGACGUGAGCUACGCUGCCGUCUCGACCGGCCUCCUGGCCACCAGCGCGCGCACCAUCCUCGACAGCCUCAACAGGAUCCCGAAUGCCGACAGGCGCACCCGGCUCGGCUUCAUCGCCGUUGAUUCGAGCUUGCACUACUUCUCAGUACCCAAGGACACGGACGAGAACGGCGAGACGAACAUGCUGGUGAUCAGCGACCUGGAUGAGCCUUUCCUCCCGGUACCCCAGGAUCUGCUCGUCCCCUUGACCGAGAGCCGGAACAGCAUCGAGAACUUCCUUGCCAAGCUUCCUGAGAUGUUUGCUAGCAACCAAAACAAUGGGUCGUGCAUGGGGUCUGCUCUGCGGGCCGGCCAUAAGCUCAUCUCCCCUCUCGGCGGCAAGAUUGUCGUCCUCAGUGCCUCGCUGCCUAAUCUCGGCCACGGAAAGCUCGAGAUGCGCGAAGACAAGAAGUUAUUGGGCACGUCGAAAGAAGGCGGCCUGCUCCAGACCGCAAACAGUUUCUACAAGAGCUUUGCUGUGGAGUGCUCUAAGAAUCAGGUGUCCAUCGACAUGUUCCUUUUCUCCUCGCAGUAUCAGGACGUGGCCUCGCUCAGCAAUUUGCCGAGAUACACAGGCGGGCAGACCUGGUUCUACCCCGGGUGGAAUGCUGGCCGACCCGAGGAUGCCAUCAAGUUCGCGUCCGAGUUUAGCGACUUUUUGUCCUCUGAGGUUGGCCUGGAGGCAGUUCUUCGUGUCCGCGCCACGACCGGUCUGCGCAUGAGCACGUUCUACGGGAACUUUUUCAACAGGAGCUCUGACCUGUGCGCGUUCCCGGCAUUCCCGCGGGACCAGUGCUACGUUGUGGAAGUGGCCAUUGAUGAGAACCUGACCAAGGGCGUCGUCUGCCUGCAGACGGCCGUGCUACACACGACUUGCAACGGCGAACGCCGUAUCCGCGUCAUGACGCUGGCCCUACCGACCACCACGAACAUCGCCGACCUCUAUGCCUCCGCCGACCAGAGCGCCAUCACCACCUAUUACACUCACAAGGCCGUCGAAAAGGCGCUCGGCAGCGGUCUCGACUCGGCUCGGGACUUGUUGCAGAGCAAGGUGACCGAACUGCUGCAGACCUUCCGCAAAGAGCUCGCCGGCGGCAGCAUGGGCGGUGGUCUGCAGUUCCCAGCCAACCUCCGCGGCCUGCCUGCCCUGUUCCUCGGGCUGAUCAAGCACGUCGGCCUGCGCAAAUCUGCGCAGAUCCCAUCCGACCUUCGCUCCGCCGCCCUCUGCCUAUUGUCCACCCUCCCCCUGCCUCUGCUCAUCCAGUACAUCUACCCGCACAUGUACUCACUGCACGACAUGCCCGACAACGCGGGCUACCCAGACCCAGAAACCAGCCAGAUUGUCCUCCCGCCGCCGCUCAACCUGUCAUCCGAGCGGUUUGUCCCCUACGGCCUGUACCUGAUCGACGACGGCCAGACCCAGUUCCUCUGGGUCGGCCGCGACGCCGUGCCGCAGUUGCUCGUGGACGUUUUUGGCGUGUCGGACCGCACCCAGCUGCGCGUCGGCAAGGGCGCAUUACCAGAGCUGGACAACGAUUUCAACGAGCGUGUGCGUGCGGUCGUGCAAAAGAGCCGCGAUCACAAGGCGCGCGGGGUCGGCAGCAUUGUGGUGCCGCAUUUGUACAUUGUACGCGAGGACGGCGAGCCGAGUCUGAAGCUGUGGGCGCAGACGCUGUUGGUGGAGGAUCGGGCGGAUCAGGGGAUGAGCUAUCAGCAGUGGAUGGGGACGCUGCGGGAGAAGGUUAGUUUCUAA